AUGGAGUUCAAGCAUUUGCUCUGGCUAAUUGGAGUAUUGUACAUUUGUUCGAGGCCAUUCGGUGUUGAAGCCCAAAUAGAACCAAUCUGCACUGAGAGAAUUAAGGUAUAUAACGCGAAGUCUUCCUACUCCUAUGCAACCAAAUCUGUAGAUUGUGGAUGGUUUCAAGGAGCUGUUUCGUAUCGAUGUACAAUAACUACAUGUUCCCUGGAUUAUUCAAUAUCUACUCGAUCUAUUUGCUGUCCCGGUUUCUACACCAAUUCGGAUGGCUUAUGUAUCCCGAUCUGCACAUCGCGCUGUGAAAAUGGAUAUUGCGCAGAACCUGAUAAGUGUAAAUGCUUUGAAGGGUACACGAUGGUCGGUGGAGUUUGUAAACCCUUAUGCAGUAACUGCCAGAAUGGGACCUGUGUUGCUCCGAACCAGUGCAUGUGCAACAAGGGCUUUGAGCGCAGCAAUGGUGGUUCUUGCGUUCCAAAGUGCAACGGCAUCUGUUUGAACGGGAUCUGUACUACAAGCGGAGACGGAGAGUGCAUCUGUGCGGAAGGGUAUUUCAAAAGUACGGCUAUCGCGGACUAUGACGGAUUCGGAAAUGCAACACUGUGCAUACCGAGCUGUGAUAAGCCUUGUCAAAACGGUCAGUGCGUCGGACGUAAUCGAUGCCAAUGUCGCGAGGGAUUCCAACCUUCACAAGAUCAGUUUCAAUGCAAACCGAUCUGUACGAACGAUUGUACCAAUGGCGUGUGUACGGCUCCGAAUAUCUGCCAAUGCAAUCAAGGUUAUCGGUUCGAAGUUGAUCGAUGUGUACCAGUAUGUGAUCCACCAUGUCGGAAUGGUGCCUGCGUAGAGCCAAAUGUGUGUGAAUGCCACGAAGGAUACAAGAAAUGGGCAAACUCUACCUACAGAUGUUCCCCAACAUGCGAUUCCCCGUGUGAAAAUGGUUUCUGUUAUGAACCGAAUAAGUGUCAGUGCAAUGAUGGUUACUCUCGUUCGUCGCUUUAUGAUCACAAGUGUGACCCGAUCUGUGAACCGAAAUAUGUUAACGAACAGAACGGUAUCUGCAUAGCACCGAACGUGCUGCAAUGCAAAGAAAACUAUCAUCUAACGCGACUCCACCAAAGCAACGUGAUAGGAUGUGAACGGAUCUGUAAUCCCGAAUGUGUGAAUGCUCGGUGUGUGGAAGAAGAUCACUGCGAAUGCCAUGAAGGAUACGUAGCACGCAAGGAUAUGCCCAACAUAUGUAUGCCGGUCUGUGAUCCACCCUGUGAGAUGGCCCAAUGCAUUGCCCCGAACGUGUGUGAAUGUCACGUGGGUCACGAAAAGAACGAAACACAUCUUUGUGUACCAGCCUGUGACCCGACGGUGGUGGACUGUAGCCAGGACCGUUGUACAGCAGUGAAUGUAUGCGAGUGCGACGAAGGAUACGCUUUGGAGAUUGGCGAGGACAAGGUACAACGAUGUGUUCCUGUGUGCGAUCCCCCUUGCAGUUUUGGGACAUGCUCCAAUCCUAACCAAUGUCAGUGCUGGGAGGGUUACAGUGAGUCCCCAACUGCAUUCUCGAUUUGUGAGCCCGUUUGUGUGGAUGACUGUGAAAAUGGAACCUGUGUGGCGCCUGCAAAGUGUGAAUGUCUCGACGGAUAUGUGGCUGUUAAUGCGAAUAGCUGCUCUCCUUACUGUGAUCCUGAGGUAGUCGAUUGCGAAACUAGUGGUAGUUGUAUCGGACCCAACGAAUGUGAGUGCUUCGAAGGAUAUAGGAUGCAAACGACCGUUCUGCCCAAUCGUUGCAUGCCGCAGUGUUCCGAUCUUGCAGAAUACGCCGAAUGUACAUCUCCGAAUGAGUCACGUUGUAUAGCGGGAUAUGAAGCUGUAUAUGAUCAAGAACUGUUGAAAGAAUGUGCUCCAGUCUGCGAACAAGAGUGUGAUAAUGGCACCUGCACCGCGCCCAAUCAGUGCACUUGUUUCGAAGGAUAUACAGCGGGAUAUAAUGAAACCUGCACUUCCAUCUGCGAGAAGAACUGCGAAGGAAGCAAUGGAGUCUGUCUCGAGAAUCUGUGUCAAUGUUUCGACGGCUACAGUAACCUGGUCAACGCAUACACUUGCUCGCCGAUCUGCGAGCGAUGUGAUCAUGGUGAGUGCGUAAUGCCAGACGAGUGCUCUUGUUUCGACGGCUAUGAGAUGAACAAUCAGACAGAUACAUGCGCACCUGUAUGCGGUAAUUGUACGGAAGAGAUGUACUGCAAGUCACCUGACGAAUGUGCAUGUCAUGGAGACAAGAUGCUGAUAGUGGACGACCAGAACAACAUAAAAUGUGUUCCGCCUGCAAAAGCCAAACAGUCUUGGGAGGAACUGCGAAUAUUUCUGAUUAAGGAUAACUGGAUUUUGUGGGCCAUUAUUGGAACGAUAGGUGGACUCGCAACACUGUUAGGUAUAGCAUACAUCAUGCAGAAAAGUUCUUCCGGUAGCUUUUUCGUUUCAGAACCCGACUCCUCUUAUGGUGGCAUUGGAAUGGAGAAGUUCUCACCGUGA